CUUGUACUCAGAGCGCCUUGUUCUACUCGUACAUCGUUUGUCCCCGAAGAUGGCCGGUAUCCUUGCCACCAAUGCAUUGUUUUUCCUGAGGCGUUAUAAAAUCCCUAACUCUUGUUGACCCCAAUAACGAACUUCCAUCAUGCUUUUCUUCGGCCCUACUGUCCUGCGCGGUACAGACGACAUUCGGCAGUAUACUGCAAAAUGUUAUCUCCCGGAAAUGCCUUGUGUUGCAGACGCUCCCCAGAUACCUCUUCCUGGCCACAAGACUCACAUGAAUCGCCUUCACAUUCGUCCUGAACCGUACAGACGGUUAUCGAUGAUUGAUUGUGAGACGUUUAUGAAUAUAGGGCCUCUGAUAAAGCAAUGGGCGCAACGCGUCUUUCCAGACAGGCCUCUCAAGAUGAAUGACUUGGAUGAGGAGACCGGCGAGAACCUGACCUUGCCGUGCCCAUCAGCAUACAAUUUUGCCAUUGCAGAUGUAUGGCAUACUGCAGCUGUCGAUAUCCACAGGUUUGCUGGUUGGCUAGAUACCUUUCCUUUGACGACCACUCAACGCCUACUCCAUCUCGCCUUCCCAAAUGAAACCAAAGCAUGGCAUUUUAAACUUAAGCAGGAUCGUGAUAAAGAACUCUUCCAGUACUUUCUAUGGACCUCACCCCAGCUCGAGGCCUCGAAGACGAGACCUCCGCUUGAUCCAGAUGCCCUCGAAAUGAUGACCAGGAAGUCAGUAGUGAUCGCCUUUCAACCACCCUGGAUAAUGUCUCCUGCCGAUUUGAAGGAGUUCGUUGAAUGUCGGGCGUUCCCUCCUUAUCGGGGUGGUAUGACGGACUAUUUGGAGAGUAAGCAUCGUGUAUGGGGAAAGCUGUGGGAUGUGUGUGUGACAAACGAAUCUCAGUUCUUCGUCUUGACUACAUACGAUCAAUGGGUAUUUGGGACAUUUUCUCAGAGAUGGACGGGAGUCUUUUUCAGCCCAAUAUAUGACUUCGACUCGAGUGACCCAAGUGUUGCAGAGUGCCUAACAUUCUGGAUUGCUUCUGCUAUGAGAAUAUCAAGGACGUUUGUCCUUCCCAAACUUCCAGAACCUGUCGGCUUACCUCCAAUUAUUGUUGAGCCGAGUGAUGACCCUAUAGAAUAUCAUCAGUCCGAAUCCAAUUGGACCGGUAAAAGUUCAGAUUACGCUGCAUCAGCAGGUGUUGUGCUCGACAACGUAUCGCUCGUGUCUGAUGCAGGUGUAUUUGACAUGGAGGCCCCGAUCAACAAACCUGAACCGACCGCAAUCAGUAGCAACAUCCACAACUGGAUGGCUAAGCUGCCUGAAGUCAUGAGCGAAGUACCGAAUUACCUAACGCAGCAGCAGACAGAAACUAUUUCGUUCCACAACGGGUCCAGUGAUCCUCAGCCUGGAAUAUUCUACUAUUAAACACGCCCUGUACCUUUAGUGUAAUAUAUCUGUCCAUAACGCGUCGACUGCCAAGUCUUCCGCAUUUUGC